AACAUUUGGCUGUAUACACUUCGAACUUUUCAAAAUUUCGGUACCUAAAGUAAUGAUUGUAAACAGUCAAGUAGUGUAGUUCAAAUGGACCGUCCCAAGGAAGAACAUGUCAAAUUUGUCAGUUUGGCUGGAGGUCUCACCGGAUGCAUCACUCGAGUAGUGGUUCAGCCGUUCGAUGUGCUGAAAAUUCGUUUGCAGCUUCAGGUGGAACCGAUUUACGCAAAAUCGGUGGCUUCCAAAUACCGCACCAUACCCCAAUCCGUUGGAUUGAUCUUUCGCGAGGAAGGAAUUUCAGCGUUUUGGAAAGGCCACAAUCCCGCCCAGAUGCUUUCGAUGGUCUACGGGGUAACGCAGUUCACCAGUUAUGAAUGGGCAAAUGAACAGCUGCGACAACUUUCGAUGUUCGAAGGUCACGACCGUGCCCGGAACUUUGCUGGUGGUGCCUUCAGUGGAACCUUUUCGGCCUUGUUUGUGAUGCCAUUCGAUGUGAUCAAGACCCGGCUAAUAUCCCAGGAUCCGAAAGGAGCAUCUGGGUACACAAGUUCCUGGCAUGCCGCCCGGCACAUUUAUGUCACGGAAGGUUUGCGGGGCCUGUACCGAGGUUUUGGACCCGCGCUGCUCCAUAUGGCACCUCUCACUGGGGGUCAGUAUCUGUUUUACAACCUGUUCGGAAACAUCUUCAAAGAGGUCGAACAUUUGCCGCCGAACGAGUGCUUGUCAACGACACGGUUGCUGCUUUGUGGAGCCCUCGCGGGAAUCUGCACCAAAACGAUCGUGUAUCCGUUCGAUUUGAUCAAGUGUCGACUGCAGAUUCAAAAUUUCUAUCAAGCGCGGAAGACCUUCGGGGAGCACUUCGUUUGUACGCACAUGUUACAGUGUUUGGUGAAGGUUGGUCAAAGGGAAGGACUUUUCGGCCUGUACAAGGGUCUUUCUUCGUCACUGGUGAAGGCAACAGUUGCGUCUUCGAUUUAUUUCACCGUCUAUGACCAAUUGUUAUGUAUCCUUAAUAAAAAAAUAUAAUACCAUGCAUAAGAGAAAAAGUUGGUGUACCCUU